AUGGAAGGUCCUGGAAAGGUAAAAACAUCAGAGUUUUAUCGAUACUCCCGGCAACUGCGACAUGAGGUUGAUCAAGCCAUGAAUUACUUUCAUAGCAUUCACCAGCAGCCUUUGAUGGAAAUGAAAUCGAACAAAAUUCGUUCUGCCAAACCCCAAACUGCAGUAUUUAGAGGAAUGAUAGGACACAGUAUGGUAAACAGUAAAAUUCUUCUCUUGCACAAACCAAGGGUCUGGUGGGAACUGGAGGGCCCUCAAGUACCUUUGCGACCAGACUGCCUUGCCAUUGUGAAUAACUUUGUGUUCCUAUUAGGUGGGGAAGAACUGGGGCCCGAUGGUGAGUUUCACGCUUCAUCCAAAGUGUUUAGAUAUGACCCAAGACAGAACACUUGGUUACGAAUGUCAGACAUGUCUGUUCCACGCUCUGAGUUUGCUGUUGGAGUUAUUGGGAGGUACGUGUAUGCGGUAGCUGGGAGAACCAGGGAUGAAACGUUUUACUCGACCGAACGGUAUGAUAUUACUGAAGAUAAAUGGGAAUUUGUGGAUCCCUAUCCAGUCAAUAAAUACGGACACGAAGGGACUGUGCUUGGUAACAAGUUGUAUAUCACUGGUGGAAUUACAUCAUCUUCAACUUCUAAGCAAGUGUGUGUGUUUGAUCCCAGUAAAGAAGGGACAGUAGAGCAGCGAACGAGGAGAACUCAAGUGGUCACUAACUGCUGGGAGAACAAAUGCAAAAUGAAUUAUGCAAGAUGCUUUCACAAAAUGAUUUCUUAUAAUGGUAAGCUUUAUGUCUUUGGUGGUGUCUGUGUGAUCUUACGGGCCUCCUUUGAAUCUCAAGGAUGUCCUUCUACAGAGGUUUAUGACCCAGAUACUGAUCAAUGGACUAUAUUGGCUUCUAUGCCAAUUGGUAGGAGUGGUCAUGGUGUCGCUGUUCUGGACAAACAGAUAAUGGUUCUUGGAGGCCUUUGUUACAAUGGGCAUUACAGUGAUUCGAUUCUCACCUUUGAUCCAGAGGAAAACAAAUGGAAAGAAGAUGAAUACCCGAGGAUGCCGUGUAAGCUGGAUGGCUUACAAGUCUGCAGCUUGCACUUUCCUGAAUAUGUUUUGGAGCAUGUUAGACGUUGCAGCUAAAACAGAAUGAGCUCGAUUAAAUACGAAAAGCUAUAUACCUAGUUUGUC